ACCAGUAGGAGCAUCAAACAGGAAGGGGCGGAGCUCCAACGGCGGCCGGGGCAGAGCGCCGUUGGGGAGGAAGCUGCGGCAGCGGGAGGUGCAGGUGUGAGUCCGGCGGUCCGUUAGCCGCCCGCACUGCGCCCCUCGCCUUCCCGGCCAUUGGUCGGAGGUCGGCGAGAGCCGGGGUGACUCUCGGAUCUAUGCCUUGGGGGAGCGGCGACACCAGAUUCAUGGCCACCGCGGCGGCUCCGUCUUCCUUGGCCCUCAGCGCCUCCAGCACGGCCGGGGCCCCCAGCUCAUAUGGAGUCUUCUGCAAAGGGCUCUCCCGCACCCUGCUCGCCUUCUUCGAGCUGGCCUGGCAGCUGCGCAUGAACUUCCCGUAUUUCUACGUCGCGGGCUCGGUGAUCCUCAACAUCCGCUUGCAGGUACAUAUUUAGUGCCGUGAUUACGCUGCCUACAUCCCGGCCAGGACAUGGCGGACUCCCAGGAGGCCUGGCGGCGGUGAAGAAAAUUUGUAAGCACGGAGCUCUGGAAUCUCGCGAGAGGUCGUGAGCGCUCUGUGCGGUUGCGCUCUCGGUUCCUACCGGAGCUUCCAGGGCCGGGGAGGAAAGCGGGUCGAGGCAAGAGAAAGGAAAUACGCGGUUUUCCGGGGACAGCAAAGAACUUCAGUUAAGGCCUACGACAAUAUUUAAGAUGCUUUGCAGCCUUAAAAAGAGGACGAACAUGAUGCCGGGUAAAGAAAAGGGCGGCUACUAAAGUUUUCAGAAAAAAAUAUUUUUCAUGUACAAGCUCACGGUCCAAAUUAAAACAAAUUUCGGGAAGAUGGGAUUGGACUGGAACCAAGACAUUGAAUGAAUAAGAAGGUGAAGAUCUUAAAAGAGAUACGUGGAAGGCAAAUAUAUUUCUUCAACAAGAGAAAACAAUGACAGUCUGAAAUUCUCAGUGAAAAUAACCACAAGUGUAUAGGAAAAACAUCCUUCUAAUACCAAACAACGAAAAAUGCUGCUGGAUUUUGAACAGGGUUGGAGUGUUAGAAAGUGGACCCUCUUGCAGUGUCCGUGUAGUUCAAGACCUUGGAACCAAAGAAAAGGAAGUCCAGUCAUAGCACUAACCUUGGUUAUUUUGUGAAUAACACUUCAAUAAUCAUAAUAAUUAAUGUAAAUGCUGUUUAUGGUUUUUAUCUUUUGAGAGAAUACUUAAUUAUGGUUACAAAGUAGAAUGCAAAUGUUAACAGCUUUGAUAAUGGAAAAGUACAGUUUUCAAGUAGGGUUGUUGAAGGGGGAGGGGAAAGUGUAUGGAAUGGUAAUGAUAUCCUUAUAAAGUAGGAAGUUCAGAGAUACAGUCUUGUUGAUGUGGAAAAGAAGCAUUUGAUUAUUUAAAGGGUACAGGGCACAAAGAGUAUGCCAUAAAGUUGCUAAAGUCGUAAUAUAACUAUUUUUAAGAGGGAGGAGAGUAGGAGAGAACAGCUUGAAUUCAGUAAGAAAUGACUAAAGAUAGGUAGAAUGUCUCAAAAAGAAAAACUGAGAGUACGGGAUGUGUUUGAAUAUAAAGACAAGAGAUACUUAGUUUUUCAGAGUCUGGGGAUGGAUUAGUGAUCUGCAGAGUUUUUAAAAAUUAAGGAAACAAACGUGCCUGGGGGGCUCAGUCGGUUGAGCAUCUGACUUCGGCUCAGGUCAUAAUCUCAAGGCUUGCGAGUUUGAGCCCUGCAUUGGGCUCUGUGCUGACAGCUCAGAGCCUGGAGCCUGCUUCAGAUUCUGUGUCUCUCUCUUUACCCCUCCCCUGUUUCUGCUCUGUCUCUUUCUCAAAAAUAAACAAUAAAAAAAUUAAGGAAACAAAUUUAUUAUGAAACAGGACAAUUCAAAGUUUUUCAAGAACUACACUGCAUACUUCCAAAUUAUGAAUAAUACUAGUCCUAUAAAGUCAGUCAUAAUUAUAUAAAUGCUGAAUACUAAUACAACAAGAAAUGAUUGUGUAACAUUGUGGGGAUUGGAGAGGAGACAGGUAUGUGUAAUGGGGAAGAAUCAGUCAAGAUCUAAUGUAGAGAAGUCAAUAAAUCAGUAUAUAGACAUUCAGAAAAAACAAUAAUAAACAUAAGAAGUGGUCUUGAGAAAAAAAUCAGAGAUAAGUAGAGAAAAGAUAGAGGAUUGCUGUCUUUCACUACCAGUGUAACAGUACUUUGGUUUUUCUUAACUGUAUAUAUAUUUCCUUGAUUAAAAAUUAAUUUAGGGAGACCCGAGUGGCUCAGUCAGUUGAGCAUUGGACUCUUGAUUUCAGCUCAGGUCAUGAUCCCAGGUUUGUGAGAUCGAGCUCCGAGUCAGGCUUCGUGCUGAGUAUGGAGCCUGCUUAGAAUUCUCUGUCUCUCUUUCUCUCUCUCUCAAAAAAUAAUUUAAGUUUUAUUUUUAGAAGUUCCCCCCCAGGCAAUUGAAAAGUACAGCAUUGGUUAAGAGCCACCAUAGUGAAAUGGAAUUGAGUUUUUAAAUCAGGCCGAUCAUUGUUAAAAUACAAACUUCAUUUUGUGGUCUUAGGUGAGUCCAUUAAUCUGCCUAAAACCCAAUUUCCUCAACUAUAAAUGAAUAAAAAUAUCUACUUUAAAAAAUCAGUCUGAGAAUUUAAGAUAAGCCUGCCUUAGUGCUUGAUGCAUACACAAACCGUAUCUGUUCCAACAGAAGAUCUCAUUAACAUGUGAAUGAAACUUAAAACUCACAGAAUACCGAUUGUUUUCCAGUAGAGCUUUUCAAGCCUGAAGGAAGUCCAUAAGGUGCUGACCUUGGGGGUAUGGGGCAGAUCCUCCAGAAGGAUUUUAGGUGAGAUAAAAGGGACCAUUGUUUGCAGAGGUCAAGGUUUAAACUAUUUGCUGUUUUGUGUUCCACUAAUUGUGUCCCACCAACAAGUAUACUCUAGGGUUGGUAAAAUAAGUGUUCCCUUAAGCACCAGGUCUGGCUUUGGGAAAUUGUAUUUCCUACUCUUUAUUCCUUGUCUCUAAGCUGUUGGGUCAUGUCCUCCUCUUACUACUUUACUUUUUUCUGCCUUCUCUAUUUUUUUUUUUUUUUUUUUUUUUUUGUCUUGUCUUUUUUCUUUUCUUUUUGCCUGUUGUUGAUGUCACUGUUUUAAUUUAGUUUUUCCCAGAUUCCCCUGACUAUAUUAAGUUAAUUUCUUUUACUCCAUCCAAAGGCUGUGUUAACAUCAACUUAUGCCAUUUUCAUAGGCUGCCUCAUUUUUGCCUAAUUGUGCAUUAGUUAUCAGAUGUGGAUUUUUGUUUUUAAAUAUCCAAGAGACCGGUUUCUACAAUCUCUAACCUUGGUUAUUACAUAUUGCCCUAAGAGUGCAGGAACUAAAACAUUUUAAUCUAAAACAUCAGAAAUGUAAUUUGAUCAAUGAAGUCUGCCAAGGGACUUACCCAUGGUGAGCGUCACUAUUCCCUGGAUGUACUCGUGUCUUUGUACCAAAGAAUGGCUACCAUUAGUCCUGGUACAGUGAGGUACAGGGAUGCUCCAUUCAGGUGGCUACAUGAACAUGUGCCUUCUUCAACCUUUUUUCUUCAGAUCAGCCUUUUGUUACACUAAAGAAACCAUGGCACUUAGCACUUACUAUAUCAUAUCCUCCGGCUAUACUGGAAACUGUGAGGGAAGAUACUGUAUCCUAUCCAGUUUUACAGCCUGUAUAGUAUCAGCAAAUAUAAAGUAGGAACCGAGUGAAGGCUCCAUGACUUACCCUUUAUUCUUCACAAUUGCUCUUACACCCAGUCCCUAUUUUUCUUCCAACAUUUAUAACUUACUGAAGUUUCCCAGGGGAGAAAACACGAUUUUUGCCCUGACUAAACCACUUAUUAUUCUAAUGUGCAAAUAGUUUUAUUCCUUUUAGCAUCCUUCUAGGCAACAUCCAUGAAGCCAAAAACAUUCAUUGCUCUGUCCCUUACCUAUAGCAUUGCCUAAUGCAAAGUACAUCCAGGCAUAGUUGAAUAAAUGCCAAAUUAGUUGGGGUUUUUUCCCACACAUGGUCAUCAAUGAAGGAAAUAAAGAUAUUUGCCCCUGAUAAUAAAGUGAUUCACUUCAUUGCCCAUAAAUUGAGCUCUUUCAGGCCACCAUGAAUAUUGAUUGGUCCAAGGAUCCUGCAAGCAUGGAGAAGCAAAGAGGUGGCAUAGUUCUCACCAAAAAAGAAAAAACGUUUAUGAAGUGUAAAUGAUAAAAAUGCUGGGGGAUGAGGACUGUGUUAUAUUUUAACUAUAAAAGGGAAAUGUGAUCAUAGAAUAUAAUAUAACUUCAAAGGGAACAAGAAGUUAAUAUAACUUUAGUUGAGAGCAAAAAUACUUGUGAUUGCUUGGCUAAAAGGGCAUAUCAUUAUUGCCAGCAUUUUUAAUUUGAUUGAGUUUUUACUACCAGGAACUGCAGUUAUUUACAUACAGGGUCUCCAUAAUUCUCAUGUAUACCCUAUGAGGAAGACCUUUUUAUCAUCAUUUUUCAGAUAAGGAAACUGGGAUUUAAAGAGGCUAAGUAAUUUCCCAAGGUCAUAGUAAUUGGCCAAACCACAGUUUAUCUCUAAAGAUACUUUUGAUGAGAGAUUCAAUUUUUUAUGAUGUAUAGGUAAUUCUGAAUAAUCCUGUUUCUUAAAUUUUCAAACAAAAGUAAUUCCUGGGUAAUAGUUGGUAAUAUCUUUUUUUUUUUUUCUUUAGUGUAAUUAUUGAGGGCUUUAUGUAUGAGAAUAUAAGCAUUUGAUAUAAUUUGAUAUUAAGUCCAGUAUUUUAUACUGUCUGCUGCCUGAAGUCAUUUGGCCUGUUUGUAGGGAAGGGGAUGAAGGGAGACAGAGAAAAAGACAUUACCCCUAGAAUGGAAACACUUUCCCCUUAAGGUGUAGAGAUCAGCUAAUCAUGAAUUUUGAAACUGUCCAUCACUGCUUUGGGGAGGCCUAACUAAAUUUUCUGUUAAAAGUCUUACAAUCCUAUUCUAAUGGGGACUUUUCCUGCUAGAGCAUGAAUAGAUUUGAUAGAGUCAAAAAGAAAAUGGGACUUACACGUGGAGACGUCAAGGGGCAGGAAUGAAAGUUUAGGCAUAUAGGAACAAAAGGAGAGGGGGAGGAAAAUGCCAGAAACAGCCUGGAAAGUAGUCUGAAGAAUAGACUUGGAAGGUUUCGAGCAAGUGAACCAAGAAAGGAAUCCCUGCAAUAAAUAGAAUUUCAACAGGUUUCAGUUGAGUCACAUAAAUCUGCUUGGAUUACCACGAGUGUGGGAAUUUCAUUACAAUUUUAAUAAGAAAUCUUUAAUAACCUACUGCCCAGCAAGAUUACCACCAGAACAAGUCAUGAAUCUUUACAGCUAAAGUCCACUUCUCCUCACCUCUCCUCCACACAAAUACCAAUCUCAGUCAUGCUCUUGGAACAAUCAAAAGGCCAAGGACAUUACUGAGUGCCUACAACAAAUGAUAAGGAACUAUGGAAUCCUUAGUAGUUUUAGCUGCAGUACCUCUGAGGCCAGGCAAUCCUACCAGUUCCUAUCCUAAUUAGGGAUCUGCCACAUACAUUAGGAAAUUUUGCCCAUCUUUAUGGCUUUCCAAUACUGUGGAUUUAUUCACAGGAAGGUAGUGGAGGGCAUCCAUGAACAAAGAAGAAUGAAAGUUGUUCAUUAUACUGGGUGAAAUAGAUUCAGUAUACCUUUUCAUAGGAACCAAAGUGAGGAAAAAUAAAUUAUCACAACCAAAAGGUAAAAGUUGCUAAUGAAAUAGUGUGCUUCAAAUGUCUGCUCUGAAAUCAUGGAGAGUGGGGCUAACAAAUAAAUAAAAAGAGGUUUAAUUUGAAAAAGGAGAUUUUUUUUAAGAAACUAUCUUAGUUUGCCAAUUAAUAAAAAGAAAACUUUGAAAGCAUUUCAAACUGAAGUCAAAGAGGACUAUAAUUAAUAGGAGGCCUUAAAAUUCAGAGGUCAAGUUAGAUCUGUAUAAAAGGAAAAAGAAGUUAUUUUUUAAACUAACUCAUUUAAACAUGGUGCCAAGGAAUAGAGGUACCAGUGCCUUUGUGUUAUAAAGCUGCAUGGAUGUU